AUGGAGACCGUGAAUACCACCGAGCGCCUAGCGAGGUUGAGGCAGUUGAUGCAGGAACAUAAGGUCGAUGUAUAUAUCGUUCCAUCAGAAGACAGCCACCAGUCGGAAUACAUCGCUCCCUGUGACGGCCGCCGAGAGUUCAUCUCUGGCUUCUCCGGAUCCGCAGGAACAGCCAUCGUGUCUAUGACCAAGGCCGCCCUAUCGACGGAUGGGCGAUACUUCAACCAGGCUUCCAAGCAACUCGAUAGCAAUUGGGAGCUGCUAAAGAGGGGAGUUGAGAAUGUUCCCACUUGGCAAGAAUGGACUACCGAACAGGCCCAAGGGGGCAAAGUCGUUGGAGUCGACCCAUCUCUGAUUACGGCGUCGAGCGCACGGAGUCUUGAAGAAACUUUAAAGAAGAACGGCUCAUCGCUGGUCGGUACUUCGCAGAACCUGGUCGACCUGGUUUGGGGCAAAGACAGACCGGCACCUCCACGAGAGAAGGUCAGGGUUCAUCCUGACAAGUUCGCAGGAAAAUCUUUCCAGGAAAAGAUUGCGGAUUUGCGCAAGGAGCUGGAGAAGAAGAAGACAGCUGGAUUCGUUAUAUCUAUGCUGGAUGAAAUUGCCUGGCUCUUUAACCUGAGAGGAAGCGACAUUCCCUACAAUCCAGUGUUCUUCGCAUACGCCAUUAUUACCCCUUCAAAGGCCGAGCUUUACAUCGACGAUGACAAGAUCACCCCAGAAGUUGUAGCUCAUCUCGGUCAGGACGUCGUGAUCAAGCCAUAUGACUCUAUCUUUGCAGACGCUAAGGCACUCAGUGAAGCAAGAAAGCAAGAAGCUGGGGAAACAGCCGCAAAGUUUCUCCUGUCCAACAAAGCAUCAUGGGCACUUAGCCUCAGCUUGGGAGGCGAGGAGCAUGUGGAGGAGACCCGGAGUCUUAUUGCCGACGCUAAAGCUAUCAAGAAUGAAGUAGAGCUUGCGGGUAUGAGGGCUUGCCAUAUCCGAGACGGUGCCGCGCUGAUCGAAUACUUUGCGUGGCUUGAGAACGAGCUGGUCAACAAGAAGACUGUUCUUGAUGAAGUGGACGCCGCAGAUAAGUUGGAGCAGAUCAGAUCCAAGCACGAUCUCUUCGCUGGCCUUUCCUUCGACACUAUUUCUUCAACUGGGCCUAACGGCGCCGUUAUCCACUAUAAGCCGGAGAAAGGCACUUGCUCCAUCAUUGAUCCGGAUGCUAUCUAUCUUUGUGACUCUGGGGCUCAGUAUCUAGAUGGAACCACGGACGUCACGAGAACGUUCCAUUUCGGAAAACCCACAGAGCUUGAGAAGAAGGCUUUCACCCUGGUGCUCAAGGGUCUGAUUGCCAUUGACACUGCUGUAUUUCCCAAGGGCACUAGUGGCUUUGCGCUCGAUGCUCUUGCAAGACAGUAUCUGUGGAAAGAAGGACUGGAUUACCUUCAUGGCACAGGCCAUGGCAUUGGCUCAUACCUGAAUGUGCACGAAGGCCCUAUCGGGAUUGGCACUCGCGUACAAUACACUGAAGUCCCCAUUGCCCCCGGUAACGUCAUCUCAGACGAACCUGGAUUCUACGAGGACGGCAAGUUCGGCAUUCGAAUUGAGAAUGUCAUUAUGGCGCGGGAGGUACAAACAACGCAUAAGUUCGGUGACAAGCCAUGGUUGGGCUUUGAACAUGUCACAAUGGCUCCCAUUGGCCGCAACUUGAUUGAACCAUCCCUGCUCAGCGAUCUCGAGCUCAAGUGGGUGAACGACUAUCACGCAGAGGUCUGGGAUAAAACUCGUCAUUUCUUUGAGAAUGAUGAAAACGGUUACGCCGACGGAUACGGAUAUUCCGAAAGCAAUCGAUACGAUCGGAGUGAUGGCGGAUACGGGAGCAGCAACAGCAACUUAGCUGUCAAUGGGUAUUCAGGGGGGAGAGAUCGUCGCCCGGGUGGAUAUGGUGGUUUCUACAACGGAUCCUCGCAAGAGCCUUCACCUUCGGCCUCGCCGGAGCGGCGCCGAGAGAGAUGGGAGGGAGACCGCCAGAACUCAUCGUCGCGAUCGCGCACACGGGACACAGACUCGGAAAGGAGGCCGCCGGGCUCGCGGGAUGGGCGAGCACGGGGAGAGACUAGCUGGGUGGCCAGCAGCAGCAGCUUGGAGAGGAGUGGUCCUGAGGGUGCCAAACCCGCGAUCCAACGCGACUGGGGCUUCGUGGCCUCCGACGAUUGUGUACCGGUGCAGGUGGCAUUGCAGUUGAUGGACACGAGUACAUUGGGCAAAGCAGAUCGCGAGCCUGAUUUUCUCAAUAUGAACCGGCAGAUUCAGAAGACUUUGAAGUCUGUCGUCAAUGAGCACCACCAGGGAUUUAACAGUUCCAUUGGCACGUACCACAAGAUCCAGUCCAAUAUACAAAGCUCACAGAAUCGAGUCCGAAAUCUAAAACAUGCGCUGGAGGACGCCAAAGCUGGAUUACUCUAUACGAAGCCCGAGUUGAAGGGACUAGCGACGUCUUCCCAGAAAUACGAUGACUUAAUCCAGCUUUUCAGUCAAAUCCAGGAGAUACAAUCCCUGCCUGAGAAGCUAGAGUCGCGAAUAUCCGACAAGCGAUUUCUGGGUGCUGUCGAGGUGCUUCACGAUGCCUUCCGACUGUUACGGCGCUCCGAGCUAGAGAAUAUCGGAGCUCUGGCAGACAUACGCGCCUACUUUGCGAACCAAGAGAUAUCUCUGACUGAUAUCCUGAUAGAAGAGUUGCAUGAUCACUUGUACCUCAAAUCUCCCUAUUGCUCCAACCGGUGGAAACCGCCAGCGCAGGAUGGAGAAGUUGGCACCGCAAACGCCUCCAGCUGGACUGGAGUAGCAACCUGGGAAAAACCUGUCUACGCCUUUCUUGGGAAGCUGGACGCCACCACGCCCCUGGUGGAGGACGCGUCUCGAAACCCGGAGGCAGACACGUUUUAUUAUAUCCGACUUCUAAUUGAGGCGCUGAACAAGAUGGGCCAUUUGGACAUAGCAGUUGACCGCAUUGAACAGCGACUUCCGGUUGAGCUAUUUGCAGUGGUCGAUAAGACAAAUGCAGAAGUCGACGCGCGUCAUCCAAACUUGGGCCGGGGCCUCUCAUCCCGGGAUAGCAAGACCGGUCUGCCAACAGAGGCCAUUGAGAAACGCGGACAUGUUUUGGCGGAGUUCUUAUGGACUUUAUAUGCCAAAUUUGAAGCUAUUGCUGAAGGUCACCGUGUCCUUCACGAUGCCAUUGCUGGAAUUGUGGAGCGCGAGGGUAUUCCCAAGAACAGUUCACUCACAGGUGGUUUCAAAGAGUUGUGGAAGCUCUAUCAGAGUGAGAUUCGUUCCCUGUUGCACGAUUACCUGGCCACCGACGGAGAGUCCUCCUUCAGAUUUAGAGAAGAAGAAGCCGAUGCUAAACGCCAAAUCCAUGCUGGUCUAAGGGAUAGGAACAAGAAAUUGUUUAAACUUUCCGAAACAGAGCAAAAUACGGAAAUGCAAGCGGAACAAGACGAGUUGGAUGAGAUCCUCAAGACGUCGGUUCCUGGUUUAGUAUCGAAAACCAGGCAGAAAUUCACGACGACAGACAGCUCACGAGACGGGCCAGGAAAUUCCGGAACUGGUCAUAAGAUACUCAUUGAACCCAGCGUGUUCAACAUGAGUCUUCUUCUUCCGCCUUCGUUAUCCUUCAUACAACGAUUGAAGGACAUAGUGCCUGUGGAUGCGGACAUUGCUCUGAGCACUUUGACGUCCUUUUUGGAUGACUUUCUCGUCAACGUAUUUCUUCCCCAACUGGAUGAGACAGUCACAGAUCUCUGUACUCUUAGUUUCAUCGCUCCAGACGCUUUCACGGAAGAUCCUCAAUGGUCAAAAGCCUCCCCUCGGCCAGUUUUCAAGGGCACUGUCAAAUUCAGGUCAAUCAUAUGGGAGUUUAGUAAAAUGCUGUCCAUCAUUCCGCAUGAUCAGGCCUUCACACAGCUUCUAAUUAGCCAGAUUGUGACCUACUAUGACAAGUGCUGUGGGUGGUACAAAGCUAUUGUCACGAAGGUCUCGCCUCGCAAUCACGGUCAAGUCCGCCUCAAGGCCGCAGCAGAGUUUGCCGAGUCUGGUGAUAUUCAUGAUACAGUUCGGGACCUCUGGGAGGGGCCAGCAGACGCUAAGAAGGAACUCAUCGACAAGGAGAUUGAGCUUCUUCUCAAACGCACAGACGAGGUAUCGUUAGAGCCGUACGACAUUAUAUCCGACCCCAAAACAGUGGUCGCACUGUCCCUUCUCUACAAUAGCAUGCAAUGGCUUGCAAGCCACCUUGCCAAGCUGCGCCGAAUCACAGCCUCAGAGUCGCGGCAGCCACAGCCUGAGGCUAGAGCACCUCCUCGUCGGUGGACCCUGAUUGGAGCCAUGAAAUCGAGGCGUGACAGCAUAAGUCAGCCAGUGUAUCUGCCGCUGAACCAUGAAACGGCCAACGCAUUUGACACCACUCUUCAAUCGCUGCGUAAUCUGGCCUCGACCGCGCUCUUUGCUCUUCACAUUGAUAUUCGAUGCGGCGUCAUUCACAUCAACCGCGAUUCGGAACCAACCACACCAUCGCCGAACUCGAACAUGAAUUGGUGGCAUAUCCUUGUAAAUCAGCCGACAGCCGCAUCUCCCACGAUUCUAGAGCUGAACAAUGACUUGAUCGCCUUUGAUACGAACAUUUCGUCAUAUCUCGGCUCCGGUGAACACUGGUUCAUCACCUCUGGUCUUGCUCGAUUUAUUGAUCAAGCAUUCGUCUCAUCUACACGUCACAUUGGAGCCAUGAAUGAGAAUGGAGCCUUGCGGCUGCAACUUGACGUCCUCGUUUUACAGCAGAACCUCAAGAAUAUAAUUAUUGACCCAACAGCGGAAAAGGCCCAGGAUCCAACAACAGAGGAACCAGGGAAUCCCGACAAGGUCGUUGCACUUCCUCGUAGUGCCAAAUUCCUUGACUGGUUCUUGGAUGGUGCUGAAAAGACACUGGAGUACGCCAAAGAUGAAAAGGAACUGUUCGCUGCGCAGGGCGAAAAGGCAUUAGCGGCAGGCAAUGGCGAACCGCUCACCUAUGAUGAGCUCAAGGUCCUUAUUGACCUUUGCUUCUCAGAAAUUCUCAGAGGACCUCGAGGAGCCGAUAGUCGGCAAGAUUUUAUGGCUGCGAAGAAAGCCAGUGCCGAUGCGCUCUUGAAAUUGAACGAAAUCAUGUGGGAUUCCAAAUGA